CUGCGGGCGGCCGAGGCGGGGCCGGAAGCGGCGGCGGCGGCUCGGCCGAAUUCGGUGGCGCCACGUCUGGUUCGGGGCUCCCUCGGUGCCCGAGAGGUGGUGGUGGCGGCGGCGGCGGUGCAGCCGGACCCUCGUCUCGCCUUUUCCUCAGCGGUCGGUUCGUGGCGAGGCCUCAGCGGCAGCAGCGGCGGCAGCGGCCGGGCGCGGCGGCGGCGACAUGUCGGACCUGGGGGACUGGUUCCGGAGCAUCCCGCUGAUCACCCGCUACUGGUUCGCCGGCUCCAUCGCGGUGCCGCUCGUGGGCAAGCUGGGCCUCGUCAGCCCCGUCAGCCUCUUCCUCUGGCCCGACGCCUUCAUCCACCGCUUCCAGAUCUGGCGGCCGAUAACGGCAACUUUCUUCUUCCCAGUGGGACCUGGAACAGGAUUUCUCUACUUGGUGAAUUUGUACUUCUUGUAUCAAUAUUCAUCACGAUUAGAAACAGGUGCUUUUGAUGGAAGGCCAGCAGAUUACAUGUUCAUGCUGCUGUUUAACUGGAUCUGCAUUGUUAUAACUGGCUUGGCAAUGGACAUGCAGUUGCUGAUGAUUCCACUCAUCAUGUCAGUACUUUAUGUGUGGGCCCAGCUGAACAGAGACAUGAUUGUAUCGUUUUGGUUUGGAACAAGAUUUAAGGCCUGUUACCUUCCAUGGGUUAUUCUGGGAUUCAACUACAUCAUUGGUGGAUCAGUCAUCAAUGAGCUGAUAGGAAAUCUGGUUGGACACCUGUAUUUCUUCUUAAUGUUUAAAUAUCCAGUGGAUUUGGGAGGAAGGAAUUUUCUGUCCACACCUCAGUUCCUUUACCGCUGGCUGCCAAAUAGGAGAGGGGGAGUGUCGGGGUUUGGUGUUCCUCCUGCCAGCAUGAGAAGAGCUGCAGAAGAUCAGCAGGGUGGUGGAAGGCACAACUGGGGCCAAGGUUUCCGACUAGGUGACCAGUGAAGAACUCCUGCCCUUGGAAAACAUCAACUCUUCGGUUUUAACUGGAUGUAGAACCGACCCUUCCUGGUGCAGAGCAUGCCUAAAGAACUGAGCUCUCUGUAAUACUCUUGGAUUUAACUGAUUAGAAGGAAUGUUUCUGGUUCAAGAGAAAAUUAAAAACUCCAGAAGGAAAAAAAUGUAGAUCUUGCUCCAGGUUAGCCAGUAGUGUCCAAUUUGAUUCUGCCAUUAAAAAUAAGCCUUCUUUAUACAGUAUUGUCUGUCUGUAACAACAGGAUCCAUUGGCUGUCUUGUUCCAUCAUGUGAUGGAACAAGCUGAUGGUGUUCUGUCUCACCUGGUAUGUUAAAACUUUGUUGACCAUGGUAAAAUAAGGAUCCAGUGUGAGGCCGAUGGCUCAAACAAGCCCCUAAGUUUAGGAAGCUGACAUCUUCCAUAGCUGUGUUAAAGUCCCAGGUUCUUUGGAAACAUUAUUUUAGUGAUAUCUCUCUGCUGCAUUCAUAAAGCAAAUUGCAAAUGUUUCAUUUCUGUUAUUAAGCUAUGUUUUGAGGAGAGUUUUUUCCUUGGUGUGCAGCAUUUGUCUGAUCUGCCACAUCAUGGGCUGGGCAAGCCUAAGAACUAGAGGGCUUUUGUUUGAAAUGUCAAUAACAGAUAUUCACAGAAUUGAAGUCCCCGAACUCUUCAUAGCAUGUUACAAGGCUUGUUCUGUUAAAACUGAAAUUGUCUGGUUUUUUUUUUUUUUCCCCCUAAGAUCUGUGAAUUCUUGGCUUCAAGGUUUCUGUUUUGAUUGCCAAAUUGGGUAGCAUAAAUACUGCUUAAACUAGAAAAUGUAACAUAUCAUUGUGGUUAAUACAAAAGGUACUGAUUGCAGCAUUGUUUAACUGAAUCGUCAUCUUUCUCUUAAAAGCUUUAAGACAUCAGAGAAUCAAAGCUGGAAAUAAUUUUUUGCAGGGUCAAGAUACAAUAGAACAGAUUGUUUUACUGCAGGACUCUUUCAUUGUCAAAUAAGAAAUUGUGUACACUGUUUAUUAGUAGCUGUACUUUUUUUUGUAAAAAAUUAUUACAUGGAAAAGGGAAUGAUUCUGUACAGUAGUUUCCUUGCACUGGGUUCCCAUGGGCAGAGCACAUGGCUAAGAUCCAGGAAUCUGUAACGCCAGCUUGUUACUGACUCGCUGCAUGGUCUUGAGCAAACUUCUUACUUAUUCCAGCUUUCCCAGCUGUAAGGUGGACUCAUGCAUGUCUCACAGCAUUCUUAAGACAGCUGUCCCUGACCUCCCUUGGAUGGAGCUGCUAGUGAGCCAGUUGAGGCUUCGGUUCACUUAAAUCCAACACUUCACAUAGGAACACAAUUAUUCAAAGCUUAACCAAGACUUCUAAGUCAGAAUGUAGUUGCUCACUUUUUGUUUUAUGGUUGGAGGAAGGAGAGCAUUGUCACUAGGAUGAGUUUCAAGUCUGACUGAAUUGCCCUUUAGCACUUGUCUGUCAUUUUACUGGGUAGGUAGGGCACAGAAAGCUGUUCUGCCCCAACUUAGGUAUCUCAGGUAACUAUAAGUAGGCGAAGUCAGUCUGGGCUGAAACAUUUUUAUUACUGCUUUGUUUCUUCACUAAAGCUGGGUUUUGAAGGUGUAAAAACUUGUAAAUACUACGUGAGGGGAAACCAAGUGGAAAAUAAGCAGUCGGACUGAAAGUUUUCAGCUGGCCUGCUUGAAAUAAAUGCAUGUUCCAUUUCUUCACUGCAACUCAAUUAUGUUGAUUUGGCUCGUGGAAAAAUGUAGAAAACUGGUAGUGUGUUUAAGUUUUAUUUUUACAGGAAGUUGGAGUUCAGCAAUCACUUGCCAUUUUUGUCUAUUCAGUGAUGAGUUUUAAAGAUGCUCUUGUGUCUUUCUGUGUAUAAAAUGGUAGGUAGAAAAGAAGAGUGCAGUGUUGUAAAUACAAAUUUAUCAUUGACCAACAGCUGUUAUUUGAUGUGAACUUGAACAGUCUGAGAACUAUCAUUUUGAUAGGAGUCAUGGUACAGCUGGUCUUUUUAGUCAUAGUAAUAUCACUGUGCCCAAAGCAAUUGUCUUCAUUUUGAGUCAGGACCCAAUUGUUAAGUGAAGCUGAAGCCCUGGCACACUCAAAUUGUAGAGUAUCUUUGUAUGGAAGGCCUGAAGGAAGGCUUGAGUGAGUGAAGGCGUAGCAAAAGUAAUUGUCCUGGCCCUCUGCACCGUGCUGGAUUUUGCUUUCUAGUACAUCCUCCUCCUCUAAAUUAGGAGGAAAAGGUUAGCAAGGAAUAUAGACUUCUUAUAAGCCUUGAUUAGCUUUUGAGCUGCUUCAGGUCAAUUUACUUUGUUUAUGGAAAAUUCACUUCCGAAUUCCAUAUUACAAGCUCACUUUACUUUCUCACUUUGUCACUUGACCUGAAGCACUGUUUGUCCUCCCACAUAUAUUUGACAAUGGCAGUCUCUUGUUAAAUGAGUACCUUCUUUCUUAUUUUAUACAGAUAAUUUCCCCUUUUUGUAAUCAAUUUUUGUUGGCAAAGUUUUAAAUUAAAAUUUUAAUCUCUG